UUGUACACAUGACAAGUCACGUGUAGGCCUUACGGUCGCCGCGCAAAAACCGGAAAGCACACAAAACAACAAACCGAACAGCAAGAAAGAGUUGGCGCGUGUACUAACUUAAGCAAAAAUUAGGAGGUCAGUGUUAGGAAUAUUUUUGCGAAUUAGAAUCGACAAACACCUGAUUUCGGUGGAAACAAAACUUGCGUGCGUUUGGGAAAAAAUAACAGAAAGAGGUGACUUAGAAAUCUGAAUUGGUUUUAACAAAGUUGAAAAUUUAACAAGUGAAAGUGAUUGUAACCUCGUUCGCGUUCGCUGAGAAAGUGCUCAAAUAUGGAUCAUCAUCUGCAUCAUCACCAUCACCAUAGCCACAACACCCCGCUGCACUGGGGUUACUCGACCGGAGGUGGAGUUGCCGGCAUUGUGCCGGUUGCCAGUUCCACCCCCAACUCAAACUCCAACAGUCAGCAGCAACAACAGCAGCAGCAUCAACAGCAGCAACAACAACAACAGCAGUCUCACAACAAUAACAACACGUGGACCCCACCAUCGUCCAAGGGUAUCAAGCGGACAUUGUCCGAGUCGCUGUCCGACGACGAUCUUUACGAUACGGAAGAGUCCUCCAAAGAACACACCUCACCUGGCGGAUCGGACAGCUGUCAACUGUUGAGUCGGAAGCGACGUCGCGGAGUCAUCGAGAAGAAACGCCGCGAUCGGAUCAACUCGUCCCUCUCGGAACUGAAGCGGUUGGUCCCCAGUGCCUACGAGAAGCAGGGCUCCGCCAAGCUUGAGAAAGCCGAAAUCCUCCAACUGACCGUGGACCAUCUGAAGCAACUGCACGCACGAGGACUGGACGAUGCCAGCUACGACCCGCAGCGAUUCGCCAUGGACUACCACAUCAUCGGUUUCCGGGAGUGCGUCGCCGAAGUCGCCCGCUAUCUGGUCUCCAUCGAAGGCAUGGACGUGCAGGAUCCCCUCCGGUUGCGUCUCAUGUCCCACCUGCAGUGCUUCCUCACGCAACGUGAACUGUCCUCCAAAGCAAAUGCCAGUCCCGCGUGGUCGCACAGCAGCUCGUACCAAUCCGCGUACGCACCGCACUCCUCAUCCUACUACCAUCAGAACUACGCGCCCCAGAGUGCAUCGUCGUCGUCGCCCUACAUUCCUCAGGUGGCUACCAUCCCGACACACGACCAAACCGCUCAUCAGGUACCACCGCACGCGCUCCAUUCGUCAACAUACGCAACAAGUGCCACCGCCACUGCACACGACCUGUACACGAGCCAGCACGAUGCCACUUCCGGCAAUGCACAGUCACAGCAGCAGCAGACACAAUCAGCUGACCCAAGCAACCCCACCUACAUCGACAUCUCCAACCUGCGAGGCGGCGGGGGCGGCUAUGGCAACUCAGCCGGUUACUCCGUUAGCACAUCCUCCCACGGGUAUAGCGCCACCUCCAGCAGCUACAACAACAACUCGUCGAAACCCUAUCGACCUUGGGGUGCCGAAAUGGCUUGCUAAAAGUCAGGACCAACACCAAAAAAAAUUUCCCAUACCGGGAAUCGAACCCGGGCCUUCUGGGUGAAAGCCAGAUAUCCUAGCCACUAGACCAUAUGGGAUAUGUCUGCUGGUUAUUGUGGAUUAUUUUGCAUCCCCACGUCUCCAAUUGUACCAAAGUGAUAGAUUUCAUUCGAUUUCCUAUUGAAACAACAACACCAACAAAGACAAUUUACAACAGUGAUAAGAUACCAGACUAAAGCAAAAACGAGAAUCGCCAAAGAUGUCAUAUCAGUUUUGAUAUCAUUCUAUAUACACAUUAAAGGGGAGAACGCAUUUUUUUAUACCCCGCAUUUCGUUCAGGAUGUGAGCUUUAAAAUAUCGUCAUACUGUACAUACCGACGUAGAAUAGAUUUCCCCUUCGGGCGGCAGCCGCCACCGGAGAUUAUUUAUUUUUAGACAACUAGGGCACAGAUUUUUACCUCUACUCUAUUGUAGAUGCCAAAAUCUUAAACCAAGACAUAUUGUCUUCGUGAGAGAAGUGUAUAGCUUUAAGGCCGGAACUAAUCGAGUCAAUUAGAAAUGUAAGAGUGCUGAAUAAGGGAUGCUUUUAAGCUUUAUUGCCUGUAGAUUUAUUACAAUAGCUAUAUAUAACGAACAUGGAAAAGUUUAACGACCAACGAAAUAAGAGUUGUGAUUUUUUUUCCGAGAAGCUUUUGCGAAGAGUUUUUCUAUAUCGUAGUAUUGUACAUGCUUAUAGGAUUUUAUAUGAGAAUUUUACUGAAAGUGAAUUACCAAAAGAAUAAAUUAUAACGAAAUUUUCUUAAAA